UGAGCAAAAAAAAAAAAACAGGGUUCAUGUUUUGAGGGUAUGGGUUAACUGGCGAGCUAGCUGGCUAGCUUCCCUGUCAAGCGACCUAUGCUUGUGACGAGUGAUUUUACAAGAACUGGGAAGAUUACGGGGGGAGGCUGACCUUGGAAUAGGUUUCCCCCCUGGAUCUAGAGACAUGGAGUCACCUACAGAGUUAGAAAUUUUGGAACUCAGGAGGGAACACUGGAAGCUGCUCUCCAGCCUUAAAACCACCGUGGAGGGGCUGCUGUCCACAAACAACCCAAUCGUCUGGUCACGAUAUGGAGGCCUUGAGCGACUUCACAAGGACAUGAACAGCAUUCUGAGUCAUGGGCUGAAGAAUGAACAGGUGUAUAACAAGCAGAGGGACUACUGGCGAUUUGUGUGGUGCGUUCGGUACAUCAGCCCCAACUUGGCCACUCAUGUGGAACAGUUCAGCCAGCUGGAGCCUGUUCUGAGCAGUGGCAUGCAGGUUCAGGGCGAGAGCUACAAGGCUGAGCGCUGGCUUCUGCACAGCCUUCAGGUCCACUCGCUGUCGGCUCAACUCAAACCACUGCUCAAACACCAGAACAACACUUGCAAAUAUUACAACGAUGAGGCGUUUGUGCUGAGCGAACCCCAUGUGUCUGCCAUGUUCCAGUGCCUGGAGGCAGUGGAGCAGAACAACCCCCGACUACUGGCUCUGAUCGACACCGUCAGACUCUCUCAUCUAAAGGAUCCGCUGUCGCUGGGCAUGCUGAAGAGUCAGAGUCUUUGUGUGCUCCCCGGGGCCAUGGGAAACUGGAGGACCGCCGAGGCAGCCCUGAGCGGUCUGUCCCGCCGCAUGACCACCUCCCAGUGCUCCCUGAGGGAGGGGUCCGCGGGGUCGCCCCUGAGCCUGGCAGAGAGCACCUCAGGCGCUACACGGCAGCAGACAGACGCCUCGGACAGCGGCAUCGGAGCACCGUGGGAGUGUGGUGGAGGUGGUGGUGGCGCAGGGGAGCAGCAGCAGCACCUCUCCAUCGUGGGGCCAUCCUGCGCUGUGCCCCGCAUCUCGCUGACUGAGUCUCCCUGCGCGGCCGCGGCGCCGGGGGGGGAGCUGGGCGACUCGGCCGAGGCGCUGGAGCUGGAUGACGGACCGGAGUACCUGGCCAUCGGGAACCUGGGGCAGCGCAGCCGGCGGGACUCACAGGGCUCCACGCGGAGCAGCGGGCAGGGCGCGGGCGAGGGCCCCAGCGCAGCCAGCGGUAGUGGCGGGGGAGGGGCGGGAGGCGUGCAGGGCCACGCCUCUAAUGCACAGCCACGACGCUGCUCCUUCUCCGAGGGUCAGCGGGGGUCCGGCCGGGGUCACAGCAAGGGUCACACGCGGUCACUGUCCGACACAGGGGUCACGCAGAAGAGAAGGCUCGAGUCGGCUGGUGAAAAUGCCUGUGGGAAGGACUAUGACCCCUUCUCGCCCAACAGCAGUGGCCGUAGCACUCCUAGCUCUCUCUACAUGGAGUCCAAUGGCUCCCAGUACAGCAGCAUCCCAGAUGGUAUGUUCCGGAAGCCGUCAGAAGGCCAGAGCCUCAUCAGUUACCUCUCUGAGCAGGACUUUGGUAGCUGUGCAGACUUGGAGAAGGAGAACGCUCACUUCAGCAUAUCGGAGUCGCUCAUCGCGGCCAUUGAGCUGAUGAAAUGCAACAUGAGGCGGCAACAGGAGGAUGCUGAAGAGGAGGUUGACAGCGACAGCGAGAUCCAACAGCUCAAGCAGAAGAUCCGUAUGCGCAGACAACUGAUCCGUCGCAGCCGAGAACCACCUAGCAGCCUUUCACAGCACGGAUUCCAUUCCACAGACAGUGGAGGAUCCCGCCGGAGUUCCCAGGAUUCGGUUCACCUCUCUGACUCUGGCUCUGCUGGGGAGAUUGAAGAGUGUGAGCUUAAAGAUGGCUGUGGGGGUGAGGCACUGAUGGUGGUUUCUCAGAGUGGCCUAUCGCUGUCGCUCGCUUCCCUCUUCUCAGAUGCAGACAUCAAGAGAAGUGUGAUGUCCAGCAGCAGAUCGUUUCUCAGCUCUGAGUCCAUAUCCCCCAGCUGCUUGCAGUCCAACUCUGCAGAGUCUGUGGCCAUGGGACUCCUGAGGCAGUUUGAAGGCAUGCAGCUACCAGCAGCUUCAGAACUGGACUGGCUGGUCCCAGAGCACGAUGCUCCACAAAAGCUCCUCCCCAUCCCUGACUCUCUGCCCAUCUCCCCUGAUGACGGCGAGCACGCGGAUAUCUAUAAACUACGGAUACGAGUGAGGGGAAACCUGGAGUGGGCUCCCCCGCGACCUCAGAUCAUUUUCAACAUCCACCCCGCUCCCAAGAGGAAAGUUGUGGUGGCCAAGCAGAACUACAGGUGUGCUGGAUGUGGAACACGCAUUGAUCCAGAUUACAUCAAGAGGCUACGCUAUUGUGAGUACCUGGGCCGUUACUUCUGCCAGUGUUGCCACGAGAACGCCCAGGCGGUGGUGCCAGGCCGAGUCCUGCGGAAGUGGGACUUCAGCAAAUAUUACGUCAGCAACUUUGCCCGGGACCUCCUGGGCAAGAUCGCCGGGGACCCCCUGUUCAACCCCAAUGAUAUCAACAGCAGCCUUUACAAGAAAGUCAAAGCACUGGAGGCAGUCAGGGUUUUACGAGUUCAGCUGCUCCACAUGAAGAACCUUUUCAAGACUUGUCGCCUGGCCAAAGAGGUGCUGGAUCAGUUUGACUCUGUCCCAGGUCACCUGACGGAGGACUUGCACCUCUUCUCUCUGAAUGACCUCAGCACGGUGCGCAGCGGAGAUCUGGCCCCUCGGCUGCGUGAGCUGCUCCGGCAGGGCACUGCACACGUGGCCAGCUGUGUGCUUUGCCAGGCCAAGGGCUUUGUUUGUGAGUUCUGUGGCAAUGACAAAGACAUCAUCUUCCCCUUUGAGCUCAACAAGUGCGAGCGUUGCGAAGACUGCAAAGCGUGCUACCACCGCGUCUGCUUCAAGGGGAGCAAGGAGUGCCCGCGCUGCCAACGUCUCGCGGAGAGGAGGGAGCGCAUGGCCCGGAAGAACAUGGAAGAGCAGGAGGACCUGGAGGAGGACGAGGGUGGAGGGGGGAGCUGAGUCGCCAUGGGAUCAGGUGAAGGAGCGAGCCAUGGGCAAAGAGAGCUGAGUAAAUCCUCAGUCAUCGGUCCCCGACGCUCUCCGCGUUGCUCUCUCUCAAACAGAGUGCUGUGUCCGAUGAGGUGGCUUACUGGGCGACUAUGCCGGAAUCCAAUGAAUGUCAGCUUCACUUUACACUUUACCCUUUUUUUUUUUUUACUUUUAUGCGUUGUUUUGAGAUGUAAUAUAAGAAUUGUGUUAUAUAUAAUUUUAUGUCCUGUAAAUGCAAGUGUGCAAAUGCAGAGAAUUAUGUUCUGCCUCCUGAUUUAUGUUGAUUUUCCUUUUAAAGUUUGACAGUUAAAAGCAGCAACCACUAAAAGCACUGAGAAUCCUGUUAUUAUAAUAUUACGAUUGUCCAAAAAAAAAACAGCUCCUCCCGUGUUUUAUAGAGAUAUAAAUGAUGAAAAUGCCGGCCUCCUCAAUAUUCAGUGUUUCCCAGUUGCUGUGCUUAAAGGACCUGAAGAACAAGAUGUCUCUUGUUCAGUUAAAUUCCUGGCUAUUCUGGAGCAAUAUCAACAUGUUGGCCUGACCGUACUUAUUGCAGGCAUUUUUGCCUGUAAGUGUGUGUGUGAGUGUGUGCGUGCGUGGGGGUCCGUGUGUGUGCGUAUAUUUAUAUAUAUAUAUAUAUAUAUAUAUAAAGAAAUGCUUGAAAUAUGUGUGUUCCAGUUGAAGUGGGCACAACGCAGUCCAAUCCCUUCUUUUGUGUUGAAACGGUGUGGCUGUCAUUGGGGUCUGGCUAUGUUUUAUUGCACUGGCAUUUUGAUAACAAGACUGCUGGCUUCUGUUUAAUUGGCAUGGCUCUAGCUCCUGGACCAGUUUGAUUCUAUAUAUUAGGAUUAUUUCUGACAAUAAUAUGUUAAUCUCUCUUGCUUUCAAGGCUAGAGUCUGAGUAGAGUUUACCUAAUGUAGAUAGAGUCUGAGUAGAGUAUACCUAAAGGCGUCAAGCCACUGACUGCUUUCUUGGCGCAAAACAGCCCGACACAAUAAUUUGUUGGUUUGGUCAAUGUGAUCCUGCAGCUUAAAACGUUCUGCACACGUUUUGCUCUGCAGAUGUGGAGCUGCGUGCUUUAGUGUCUGAUCCUUCAGCAGCCUUAAUGAGCAGCCUACCAGUUUUAAAGGGGCACUAAGCCGUACUGUGCCCAAGCAUGUUUUCCCAAACAGCAGCUGAGACUGGAAAUCAUUCGCAUUCCCAAACCCAGUCAAAUCUGCUCCAGAGCUAUCUGCUAUCUGGGUGUUAGAAACAGUAAACACUCAGUCAUGUGCUUCAGAGAACCAUCUCUCAUGCUAAAGUGCCACAGCGCCCCCUACAGGCUGUGUUGAGCAAUAACUAUGUGCUUCUUUUCCGUUGCCAAUUGUUAAAAAGCCCUAUUUGCACUGACAUAAAAGAAGUGGUGUGGGGUAAGAGUGAGUGUGUGUGCGUGGGUGUGCGUGUAUGCGUGUGUGCGUGUGCGUGUGUGUGUGUGUGUCACAGAAUGAGUGAGUGAGGUGGCUGCUCAUGAAUUGUUCAUAUUUUAUAGCUGUGGCGGUUGUCCAUUUUAUCCUGCUGAAGGUCUCCCCAGUUGUGCGGGGUCAUACUUGUUAACUGCCUUUUUUAUGUGGAGGUCAAUUGUAAGAUUAAGUGCACUACUGAUAAAGAUGUGUUUUACUAUUAAUAUUAUUAAAUAAUAAUGUUGACAAUAAAAUACUGAUUUUACUGUU